AUGAGUAACGAAAGGGUAACCUAUGCAGAGCUCAGUGUGGCAAAGGACUCCAAUCGACACCAAGUGAAACCCAAGGGCACCAAAAUCUCCAUUCCGUUAGCUGAGAAGGAACUAACCUAUGCACAGUUAAGUCUCCAAAAUACUUCACAAGCUCAUCAAGGGAAUGGCAAGAAGAACCACUGCAAAGUGCCUGAAACACAGAAUGUGAAUGCAUCAUCCCAAGAAACAGGGGAUCAAGCAGCCAAACACUGUGGCCCCUGUCCCAAGGAGUGGCUGACAUACUCCAACAGCUGCUAUUAUGUCAAUCAUGAAAGAAAAACCUGGAAGGACAGCGAGACAGACUGUGCUUCUAAGAAGUCUCAGCUGAUCCACAUAGAUGAUCAGGAAGAAAUGACGUUUUUGCGCAUCUUUUAUAUCUUCCCAUGGGUUGGAGGCUGCUACAACACCAGUGAGGGCAGAUGGGUGUGGACAAAUGGCUCCAAUUUAUCUUCCAAACUGCUCACAACACCUCCUUCGAGUGGCAAGAAUUGUGCAUAUUUCAAUUUUCAAGAUAAGGAAAUUUCUUCUGAAUCCUGUUCAGAAACAAGAAAAUACAUAUGUAAGCACCGGCUGCAUGAGCUAACCUAA